UCGCCCUGGAAGAUGGGCGACACUGUAGAAUCGUUUGUAUACAACAAAACAAUUUCGGCGAAUACAAACGUCAUGAUGCAACCCACCUGCAACCUCACGCGAAAACAAGGUCCUCAAACAAUCAGUCCCAAUGUCCUCCGCCGAAUUCCUCUUCAAGUGAAAAGAUAUCAUCCUAGGCGUUCCAUAAGAUCAACGGAACGCAUUGUGCUGUGACUGCGUCAGGAGAACAGUUCAGUCUGAAGAAGCAUCUAUAAGCUUUCUUGAAACGUGCUGUUUGAACAACUGUCCAUCAAUAUUCGCAUGGCGCUAGGUUACUUGGUGAUAAUUUAAAAUCGAUUGAAGGCAGUUUGCCAAUCGGCAAUCUUAUUCGGAACUAUUCGGUUGAAGGUCUGAAAAUGUGGUGGCUAUUGAAAUUUGUUGUUUGUGUUGUGCUGUUUGACUUAGGCCACGGGCAAAGCUACGGUAGUUGUGAUUAUACCUACAGUUAUAGCAGUUAUGCUGUAGGAUAUAUCCAAUCACCCAAUUGGAGCAACUACUACACUCCGGGAACGAACUGUCGGUUCACGAUACAGGCACCUCCCAGACACUAUCUCUAUGCCCAGUGCUAUGAUAUGUACUUGCCGUCGUCCUACGGAUGUUACUACGAUAAAUUGCUGGUGUCUCCGAGUGGCGAUUCUACCCUCAGUGGUGCUCAAGUUUACUGCGGAACAACUCCGUUCAACGUGGCAACGAAUGGAAGUAAACUGGUGGUGGCUCUUCAGACAUCUCCCUACUUGAAUGGCGGUCGCUUCCGAUGUCAAAUCACUGCCAUUCCUGUGAAGUGUAACUGCGGCAGCCGGAAGACUCCACUCAUUGUAGGAGGAAAACCCACGCAAGCCAAUGAGUUCCCGAUGAUGGCUGCAAUCAUUGAAAUUUCGUCCAAGUCACUUGUUUGUGGCGCUACAAUCAUUACCAAUCGCCAUAGUCUAACGGCUGCGCACUGUAUCGCUGGGCGAUCGAUUACCAAUAGUGCACUUCUUGUAGGAGACCAGAAUAUGAAUAUCGGUACGGAUACUCCUUACGCCAAAUUGAUGAGGAUUUCAACAUUUACUGUUCAUGGUCAGUACAGUGCCAGUACCAAGGCAAAUGAUAUUGCUUUGGUUCGAACCGUAGACGAGAUCAUUUUCGAUGCUGGUGUCAGCCGAGCGUGUCUUCCAUAUAUCUACCAGAAUACGAAUUUCAACAACGUCUACCUGGAAGCUCUCGGAUGGGGAACGCUGGACUUUGGCGAACGUCUAGCAACUGAGCUGCAGAAAGUCAGCCUCCAAGUAGUGAAUCAAACAUCCUGCCGCACUCAACUAUCUGGAAUGAACACGGUUCAGGACAGUCAAAUUUGUACUUAUACGCCAGGGAAAGACAGUUGCCAGUAUGAUUCCGGUGGCCCGCUGCUCUACACUGACCAGUCCGGAGGAACCGUCUACGCCAUUGGCGUCAUCAAUUAUGGCAUCACGUGCGCUUCCAAGUACCCCAGCGUGAGCGCCCGGGUCACUUCCUAUCUCAGCUGGAUCGAAACCAACACCGGGUACGACUUUUGUGAGAAAGCGUAAUAAAAAUGCACAUUCUGUAUGUAUCGUCGAGAAACGGCAAAAAAAGUGCAAGAAAUAAAACACGACAACGGAAAUAAAAAGCAUUUGCUGUGUUAAAA